UGAGGGCGGUGAGGGCCGUGCCGUCGUGGGCCGAGAUUUCGGAGGGGGUCUUGGGAGUGCGAUGCGGAUUGGAGGAUGUCGGGGGACUGGGAUGAAGACAUGUGCAAGAAGGCGCUGGUGCUGGUGGAGGAGCUGUGCUUUCGCUCCGGAGGAUACAGCCAGAGCGCCAGCUGCCAGGAGUUCAGCUACAUGAUUAGGGGACGCAACAGCCAGAUAGACCCAGAGAUCUCCGUCAGUCUUCUCUCCGUUAUUGUGACAUUCUGUGGAAUCGUCCUUCUCUCCGUCUCUCUCUUCGUCUCCUGGAAGCUCUGCUGGUUGCCAUGGCGAGAUAAAGAGGGCGGAGGUCUGAGUCUGACGGCAGGGCUCCUCCCCGGAGGGGCGGGACUGACCGGGCUCGGAGGGGGUGGAGCCUCUUCCCUCCUGCCCCCGCUGCUGCAGAGGAAGGACACGCACUCAUCUUCCUCUCUGUAUCCCUCGCUCUCUCAGCCCAGCCAGCACCACCCCCACUUCUCUGACCUGAUGGGGGUGGAGGGGGGAGGAGGGCUGGUGGUGGGGGGAGUGGUGGGUGGUCCUCAGGAGACGCAGGAACAUUCCUACCUGGACAUGGACUCAUACCCCAACAACGCAGGGACUCUUAAGCUCAGCCAAACGUCUCCAGAAAUGCCAUCGGCUCCAGAUGGAGGUUCUGCUGCUAAAGAGAUGGCCAAUGCCCACUCUCAGCAGACCACCACCAGGCCGAAGCCCAUGACUCAUCAGCUCUCCAGUCCAGAUUUCCAUGGAGAGGAGAAGAGUGAGCAGGUGACCAGUAUUGGGCAGAUCAAACCAGAGCUGUACAGACCACGGCAGGGCGAACAGGGUGAUGGCAAACAGGGCGACACCUGCGGCAAAAUCAGCUUCCUCCUGCGCUACGCCUUCAACACGGAGCAGCUGGUGGUCAAAAUCCUGAAAGCUCUGGACCUGCCGGCCAAAGACGCCAACGGUUUCUCUGACCCUUACGUCAAAAUCUACCUGCUGCCUGACAGGAAGAAGAAAUUUCAGACCAAGGUCCAUAGGAAGACUCUGAAUCCUGUGUUUAACGAGACGUUUCAGUUCGGGGUGCCGCUGGCCGAGCUGCACUCUCGGAAGCUUCAUUUCUCCAUCUACGACUUCGACCGCUUCUCCAGACACGACCUCAUCGGCCAGGUGGUGGUGGACAACCUGCUGGACUUCAGCGAGGGCACCGGAGACAAACCCAUCUGGAGGGACAUCGUGGAGGGAACGGCGGAGAAAGCUGAUCUGGGGGAGCUGAAUUUCUCACUGUGCUACUUGCCAACAGCUGGCCGACUGACGGUCACCAUCAUCAAGGCCACCAACCUCAAAGCCAUGGACCUGACCGGCUUCUCAGACCCGUAUGUGAAGGCGUCUCUGGUCUGUGAGGGCCGCAGGCUGAAGAAGAGGAAAACCUCCAUUAAGAAGAACACGCUGAACCCGUCCUACAACGAAGCUCUGGUCUUCGACAUCCCCAACGAGAACAUCGAGAGUGUGUCUCUGAUCAUCGCCGUCAUGGACUAUGACUGUAUCGGUCAUAAUGAGGUCAUUGGGAUGUGUCGUGUGGGCAGUGAUGCUGAAGGACCGGGCAGAGAGCACUGGACAGCCAUGCUGGCCAAUCCACGCAAACCCAUCGAGCACUGGCACCAACUGGUGGAGGAGAAAUCGAUCAACGCAUUCUCAAAGAGCGCCUCACCCAAACCACACAUCGUGGUGGACAGUCCACACUCUGAGUAGAGAUGUCAGCAUUAUAUUUCUAGUUCCAGACGUUCAUUCUUUCUUCUCAUCUGUGAAUAAAUCUCUCCAUCAAAGAAGGAAGCAGAAGAAGGAAGACACUGACUUAACAUCAACUGCAGACCACAAAUAUAGAGAAUACACCGAGUAGAAUAGACCAAACACGGAACACACACAUGCAUACACGUACACGUACACGACCCUCACUGGAGGGCAUGGUUGCUGGUUGCUGGUUGCUAUGUGCUACAGGUAUGACCUAAGAGACAUUAAAAAAUAUAUAUAUUGGUUUAUUCAGGGGAAAAUAUGAUGCACAUUCCCAAUCGAAAAAUCUAAAAAGAAAAAAAAAAACAACAAAAAACAUAGAAUAUCUUUAUUUAGUUAUUUAAAACUGAGCCUGAAAAUAUAAAAAAGAUUUUUAAAAACUUGCAAACGUAAUCAGGAGGACAAUAAGACGCCUCACUACGGACCACUAGGAUGUGUUUGUGUACGUGUGAAUGCGAGCGCGUGAGUUAAAAGGCUGUCACGUAGAUUUUCGGGACAAGCGCGUGCGGCGAAGGAGACCCUUCGUCGCUCUUUUCUCUCGAGAGAGGCGGACUACUUUAUCUGUUGUCGCUCGGAUCAGGAGAGAGAAGAAUGAGGACGGACCCAUUGGCCAAAGCAUGUUGCGCAACCUUGAAAUGUGUCCUUCCUGCCUACUGCAUUUUUAC